AUGGAGGCGAUUCCUCGAUUCUCCGGUAGCGAACCGAAACUCUUCUUGAGGAAGUUUGAAGCCGCGAUGUUGAUGCUGAAGGAGGAUGUAGACGAGCGAAAAGCGAUCUAUUUGGCGACAGCGAUGGACCCGGAUACAGCAGCCGAUCGGUGGCUCGAAUCGGUCCCGAGCGGCCUGCGAGGGAACUAUCCGUUGAUGGUCGAUUCGUUCAAGAAGAAGUUUUGCAAGGACGAGAUGGAUACGGAGAAAGGAAUGAUCGCGUUGAAUCGGCUCAGCGAAAUGAAGCUAGCUGAUGAAGACAUUGGGGUAGUACGAGAUGGAAAAUCUAGGAACAGGAAGUAUGUGGAAGAGGUGGAGAAGUUGUUGACGAGGAUCCCGAAGGAUACGACUGAGACUUCGAAAGCGGUGGCGUUGCUGGCAAACAUGGGAGCCCAUACUCGAAGGCUGAUUCAGAAUCGAAGGCUAUACAAGUUUGAUGAGAUCAUGGACUUCGUGCGAGAUAUGGGUGAGAUGGACGUCGACGAGGUCAGGAGGAACGUCAUGAUCGACAGGGGAUCUGGCUGGAGGAACUCGUACACGUUCUCGCCACAGACUUCACCUCAACAGUAUCGCCCUCAACAACCUCUACGAUCUUUCAGCUCCUCUUACCAACAGCGACAGCCGCAGUACUCUCAGCAAGCCACCUACUCGGGAUCCAGUUCGUUUGACGAUCAGAACAUACCUCCGGAAGACAGCAGCCGUCGGAUGAACAAAGGUAGCGUGGCCCCUGAUCAGCAAGUUUUCACCUCGUACGGAGGUCCGUUCGGAGACUCUCUCGGAGACCCUCUCGGAGACCUAUUAGGAGAUGCGUUCGAAGAUGUCUAA